AUGAAUAGGCUCAGAGCCAUCGGCAGAGAUGCCCUCAACGCCACUUCCUUUGGACUCUUCGUCGCCUUUCUGUGGCUGUUAUGGCUCGGUAUGGCGGUCAUCAACGGAGUGUACUACAUUUGCCAUCCGCACAGGUUCAUCACCAUGCGUCGUUUGCGUGGCGGGAGUCCGCCGGUAACACUUUCUCGCUCGCGGAGGCCUCUUACAACAUCCGCUAUGCAGGCACAUCCACAGCAGCAGUCCCCCUUCUUCAAGCUGCCGCCGGAACUGCGCCAGAUGGUAUAUCGCGAAGUCCUCAUCCCCCGUGCUCCCAUCCACGUACGACGGACGCAUCGGAGGCUCUGCAGCACGCCGUGUGGGGGAGUCCCGCAUAGCAAAUGUGCACAGCGCAUGGCAGCAGAUGGGACAGUCCUACGGCGACUGCAAGACGAAGCGCCUCACCGGGAUAGAAUCCUCCCUUUACUACGGACCUGUCGUGGAAUAUACUUCGAAGCCGUCGACUUGAUCUACACUGCCAAUACACUCUUCUUCGAGGAUCUGGCAACUCUUGCGGCUUUCCCUCGAUGCGUCACUCCCGAUCGCCUCUCUGCCAUUCAAUGUGUUCGGCUGGAUCUUUUCCCUUUCAAAGAUGAAAUGAUCUACCUUGACACGAUCCAAACGGGCUGGCAACCUGCCAUUGACGCUCUCGUCGCGAUGCACGGGCUAGUCGACCUAGCAGUCAGGAUACCCUGGUCGGUGGACUUGCCGCGGUGGGAAUUAUAUCGCGAUUUCCUACUUGGUCCUUUGAAGGAAGUGACCGCGGCAAGACGUUUCGUCGUUGAACUCCCGCCCAGCGCAGACUUGGAAAGUAAUGUCGACGGAGUCGACGGCGAGGUCCCAUACACCAUCGUGGCCAACGCUGAACUCCAGGUACAUUAUUCGAGAUGCAAUUGGUGGGGAGGGGACGGGAAACUGCCGAGAUACUUUCCACCGUUGUAA